GUCAAGAUUUAAGAACUUCGUAUUUGACAACUAUUUAUUUUUUCACUUACGAUUUGAUUGUGUAACAAAGAAGUAAUUCAAAUAUGUUGUCAAGAACAGCGGUUUGUACUCGCAGUGUUACUAAUAUUGUCGUGAGAUGUUGUAGUCAAGGAGCUGGUCAAAACCAGACUUCGUCUUCUACUGCAUCAUCAUCGGCUUCAGUAAAUGCUAACGUGCCUGGCCUAAGUAGUGCAGUUAUACACAAAGCAUCUGAACCUCUUGGACCAGGAGUAGACCCCAACAAGGCUGGACCCUACAAAGUUCCAGAAUAUUUCUGCUAUGAUAACAUGAGCUAUUUUGAGGCUGAAAUAGAAAUGUCCAAGUACAGAUGCCCUCAACCUUCGGCUGUUAAAAAGUAGAUUUAUUUCAUGUAUGAUAUAUAAUGGCAAAAAAUUAGAGUGUAAUUGUUAAUAAAUUCUUUUGUUUUA